AUGGUAGAAAGCUCGCUCCCCGUGCAUCCUUAUGACCUACUAAAGGUGCUGCAAGUAGAACAUGAUAUGUUACGUACAGCCAAUGAACGUGAAGCGAAAGCGGGCGCUGUAAAUGCCGUGGUGACUUCGAAAAGACACAAAUCCAAGGAAUUUAAGCCCAUUAAGACCAAGGAAAAUGCCGUAGAGCUGCUACUGACAGCCUGUGCCAAGCAAACGACUGCUAAUAGUGAGAAUUGCUUCUUGACGACACUGGAGCUGGCCGACUCGGUACGGCAGAUAGUGCAAGACAGUCACGGCGAUGCUGACAUCAUACAGGCUCAGCUAUUCGGACUUGUGGGGGUCGAAGGCAUGGAUCUUAUUGCAUUUGCAGUGCAACAUAAGAAGGAAUUAGGAGAUUCAUUGAUUACGAAGAAGAAGUUACAUGAGGCACAGAAGAUGCUGGAGAUGGCUGAGAAGUUUGCAGAUUGUGCAAGUACAGGAAUGAGAGCGACGGCGUUUAGUAUCCAGACAGAAGCAGAGCAGCAAUUUCAACGGCAACAACGGAAGGCUCAACGGAGGAUCAAUCGACAAAACAACGGCGAGGAAAAAGAAGAAAUGAACUGGUUGGAAGCGGCAGGAUACGAUCCUGAAGUGCUGAGACUACAGAGAGAGUAUGCGGAAGAAGAACGAAGGUUACAGUCCUCGUCGCUAGUACAGCGUGAGUUUGGAGAAUUGCAAGGAGGAUAUGAUUCGAAUGCUGCAGCGGGUCAAUUGAUGGCAGCAGGAGCUCUUACACUGCCAUCGAAUACCAAGAGGACACACUAUAAAGGCUACGAGCACGUGUUCAUCCCUGCUCAUGCUAAAAAGGCACUGGAUAGAGAAGAAAAGCUCGUGGCAAUCUUGAGCCUCGAUAGCUUUGCGCAAACUGCGUUUCAUGGGAUCACGGAACUCAAUCGACUGCAGUCCAAACUUUUUGAUGCGGCAUACAACUCGAAUCAGAACUUGUUGGUGUGUGCCCCCACGGGUGCUGGUAAAACUAACGUAGCUAUGCUUGCUAUCCUACAAGAGUUAAAAACCCAGCUUAAUCGCCAUCAAGACCAGUCUAUUAGUCAAGGAGUGGCCAAUAUGAAGAUAAUCUACGUGGCUCCCAUGAAGGCUUUGGCGCAAGAAGUAGUCACAAAGUUUGGUCAAAGGCUACAUGCUUUAAAGUUGAAAGUACGUGAACUUACCGGUGAUAUGCAGCUGACGAAGAAAGAAAUUGAAGAGACUCAUGUGAUCGUGACAACGCCCGAAAAGUGGGACGUCAUUACGCGCAAGUCUAGUACCCAGCAAUCGCUACUUAGCCAGGUGAAGCUUCUGAUUAUUGAUGAAGUGCAUUUGCUUGCGGAUGAACGUGGCCCUGUUAUUGAGACGAUUGUAGCUCGUACGCUGCGUCGCGUGGAGAGUACGCAGAGCAUGAUUCGUAUUGUUGGACUUUCAGCUACUCUACCUAACUACGUCGAUGUCGCGUCAUUUCUGCGUGUGUACGUUCCCAGUGGAGAUGUCCGCAUGCAAAAUGCAGCUACUAAUGGCGGUAAGGGAGGGCUAUUCUUUUUCGACUCAACGUACCGACCUGUACCGCUGGAUCAAACAUUUAUUGGUGUGAGCACGAAUGCAAACUUAAAAGAGGCUCUGGGUCUGAGUGCUGCAGCACUCUCGACGGUUACAAGGAGCCAAGAAGACCUUGCUAUAGAGAAGAAGGCUGCAGGCGCUACCAUGAGUCGCCAACGCCAAAUCCAAUUGAUGAUGAAUAAGCUCACACUAGCUCAUUGCUUGAAGCAAGUUCAGCAUAACGAACAAGUGAUGGUGUUUGUUCACUCGCGGAAAGAUACGGCGGGUACGAUGCACAGCAUCGUCGAGCUUGCGCGUGCUAAUGAAGAAGAGCCCGGCACGCUAGAGGCAUUCUUGCCACCUUCAAAGCUACAGAUGCCUAUUAGUCUGCAGGAUCGAGUGCAAAAAAGCCGCAACAAGGAGCUCAGGGAGCUGCUAGGAUACGGCAUGGGCAUUCAUCACGCUGGUAUGCUACGCAGUGACCGAAAUCUGACGGAGCAACUCUUUGAGCAGGGCUACAUCCGCGUGUUGUGUUGUACCGCAACAUUGGCCUGGGGUGUGAACUUGCCGGCACACUCGGUCCUUAUCAAGGGCACUCAAGUGUACAAUGCCGACAAGGGCGGCAUGACGCAAUUGAGCAUGCUAGAUGUAAUGCAGAUCUUUGGCCGUGCUGGACGUCCGCAGUACGAUACAAGUGGUGAUGCUGUUUUAGUGACUACACAAGAUCAGCUGCCACACUACCUCCGAUUGCUAACUACAGGAAUCCCGAUGGAGUCGGCCCUGAUCAAGGCGUUGCCUGAUCACUUGAACGCUGAGAUAGUUUCCGGCACCGUGAGCAAUUUGGAAGAAGCGUGCACGUGGCUCAGUUACACGUAUUUGUACGUACGCAUGCGAAAGAACCCAUUAGCUUAUGGAAUGAAGUUAGACAAUGUAAAUGAAGACCCUAUGCUGAUCGCUCGACGCAGACAGCUGCUCAUGGAUGCUGCAGAGAAAUUGGCUUCAUGUCGGAUGAUUAAAAUCCUUCGCGAGAAGAUCCAAUUGGGCUCCGAUCAAGAAGGCAAGACCGCAUUUGCAGUGACCUCUAUGGGACGUGUAGCAAGCCAUUUCUAUAUUCAACACACUUCCAUUGAGACGUUUAAUGAUCUCCUUGAUAGCAAAGCAGGUCAGAAAGAAGGUUACGAGGAUGACCUGGACUGGGAGAAGGUGUUUCUAGUGCUCUGCAGUAGCAACGAGUUCGAGCAAUUGAAAUCGCGCGAAGAAGAAAUGUCGGAGCUGGAAAAGCUUAAGCGCAGGUUCUGUCGCAUUGAUAUCUUAGGAGGCGGUAUGGACACAUACACUGGAAAGACAAACGUUCUUCUGCAGAGUCUUAUCGGUCGUGCUCGUGUGUCGACAUUCACACUCAUCUCGGACACGAAUUACGUUGCCCAGAAUGGUUCUCGUGUGUGUCGCGCGCUAUUUGAAAUCUGUCUGAAGAAAAACAGUGCGCGAAAGGCUGAAAAAUUCCUGCAACUUGCCAAGUGUAUUGAUCAAAAGAUGUGGUGGGACCAGAAUGCGAUGCUGCAGCUCCCAAAUGUACCAUUUGACAUCAUUGCGGAGUUUGACCGCCGCCACAAUAUGACUCUGUACGAUGCCAUUGUCGACCCUGAUGCUUUUCACUUGACCGCAAAGGUAAAAAAAUGGGUCCAAAGCGCUCCGUUCAUCGACAUCGACAACGUUCAGACUCAACCAUUUGGCAGCACGAUGGUCAAGCUCACAUUCGACCUUUAUCCCCUGUUUCCAGAGUGGAAAGAAGGAAUUUUCCAGGGCAAAACAUUGUCUUCUUGGCUUUGGGUUGAAGACGCUAUUACUGGUUACAUCUACCAUUCCGAGUACUUUGUCCUUCACCAGAGCCGAUUUAUGGGAUGGAAGGCUGGCACUCAGACGCUUGAGAUGGAAUGCUACCUGCCGGUGUUUAUCUCACACACGGAGACGGAGGCAAAUUACGUGAUUCGCAUUCUUUCCGAUCGUUUUGUUGGAAUCGAGUCGUUUUACGAGGUGAGCUACGCGCCGGUCGAAAGUACUAGUGCUGAGACAAAAAAGCAAAAAGAUGAAAUGUACACAAAGCUUCUUCGACUCCACCCGCAACCUCUUCAAUCUCUUGACGACCCUGUUUACCAAGCGAUGUACGUCGGCAAGUUCCAAUACUUCAAUCCGAUUCAGACGCAAGCGUUCCACCAGCUUUAUCAUCAAAAUGGAAAUGUGCUACUUUGCGCACCUACAGGUAGUGGGAAGACGGUGUGUGCUGAGCUAGCAAUGCUGCGGGUGUGGAAACAGCAGAAACACAGUGGAAAUGCUCAUAGUGAAGCUGAGGGCUCUUCAGAGACUCCGACACGCCGUAAUCGGCGCUCCUUGAUUGUGUACAUCGCGCCGAUGAAAGCACUUGCUCGCGAGAAAGUGACGGAAUGGAAGGCUCGGUUUGAAAACAACGCACACUUGCGUAAGAAGGUGGUGGAAGUUACCGGGGAUACUCUCGUCAAUGUGGAGUUUAUUCUGAACAAGGCAGACAUUGUAGUCACAACACCGGAGAAGUGGGAUUUGCUUACACGUAGCAGCACGGUUGGUCGUACUUUGAUGACUCAAAUGGCACUUGUCGUCGUGGAUGAGGUUCAUUUAGUGGGUGAGGCACCACGCGGUGCCGUAUUGGAAGUACUAAUCAGUCGUCUUAGACGGUUUAAGCGCUCUGGUCCGCCUAUCCGCGUUAUUGGGCUGUCCACCGCUCUUGCAAAUGCAGGCGACGUGGGUCAAUGGCUGGGCGGGAUCACUGCCAGUAACGCUAACAACCAUGACGAUGGCCAAGUGUACAACUUCCGAGCGUCCGUGCGUCCAGUACCGAUGGAUGUGCACAUUCAGGGCUUUCCGGAGCGCCAUUACGUGGCACGCAUGGCUGCAAUGAACAAACCGACGUUCAUGGCUAUCAAGACUCACUCUCCCGACAAGCCUGUGCUCAUUUUUGUUUCGUCCAAGGCACAGACCAAACUUACGGCUCUCGACUUGAUCCAGUUUUGUGUUGCUUCCGACGAAAAUGGUGAUGGAAGCAAGCGCUUCUUGAAGAUGGAUGAAGCAGUCAUAGAUUCAAUGUGCCAGUCGAAUCAGAUCGUGGACGAGACCCUGAAGCACACGCUUUCCUUUGGUAUCGGCCUGCACCACGCUGGAUUGGCGCGAAGAGAUCGCGAGCUGGUUGAAAAGCUGUAUAAGGAUCGUCUUAUUCAAGUCAUGAUCUCGACGUCAACGCUUGCGUGGGGAGUUAAUCUUCCUGCCCACCUUGUCGUGAUCAAGGGUACCGAAUACUUCCAUAAUGGGAGAUACCGCUCCUACCCGUUGGGUGACUUGCUCCAGAUGAUCGGUCGUGCUGGCCGUCCGCUACUGGAUGACAAGGGAAUUGCGUGUGUGUUGGUGGAAGAAAGCAAGAAGAACAUGACGCAACGGUUUUUAUAUGAGCCUCUAGCUGUUGAGUCCUGUCUCGGCAGCAAUGUGAUGCCCUACAUCUUGGCUAACCAUUUGAACGCCGAGAUUGCGGCAGGUUUGAUCCACAGUACGAAGGACGUGAUGAAUUACUUGAGCUGGAGUUUGCUGUUCCAGCGUGUGCUCAAAAAUCCUAGCUUCUACGGUGUUGGGGCUGAUAUGGCGGCGAUCGGGUCGUCUAAUGCAAAACCUGGCAAGCACAGCACGCAAGAGAAGCAGCAUAAAACCCUUACGAAGCAAGACGAGCUAGAAAAGUUCUUCCAGCAGUUGAUAUCGACGACGUUGCAGCAGCUCGAGUCCAGUCAGUGCAUCACCACGUCGCAAGCUGGUGGAGUGCUAUCCGUUGAGCCAACGUUUGCGGGAAAGCUUGCAGCGUCACUCUACGUGGAUGUGCGCUCAGUGUCCAACAUGCUAGUCACUUUGAAAGCGGUACCCUCUGAUAAUGUGAGGGUGAACACUACAGCGGAGAACACGUUGCUGCUGCUGUGUGUAAUUUGUGAAUCCAGCGUGGAGCUUCGUGAUAUCCCGUUGCGUCAUAACGAGAUCAUGAGUAAUUUGAUUGCUGAUCUUUGCACGAAGGUGAAGUACUCGCCGCUGAAGCAUUUGUUCUCGAGUUCUCCUAAGCGUCAGAGAGCACUACUGGAGACGCAUGGGAGUGAAGUGAAGACGCUGCUGGUGCUGCAAAUGCAUUUGAUGGGCAUGCGUCUGCCGUCGAGUGACUUCACAAACGAUCUCCGAACAUUAUUGGACCAUUUGCCACGUUUGCUAAGUGCUGCGAUUGAUCUCUGCGCUUUUCUGAAGCUUACGGACCUGAUUUUCGCUGGGAUUCGUCUGUCACAAGCUGUUGUGCAAGGCCGUUGGCCGGAUGAAACGAAUGUAGGCAGCGAGACUGUACUGACUCAGUUGCCGCAUGCGUCACAAUCGGUAGUGAAGCUUUUGCACGAACAAUUUCAAAUAUCACGAGUCGCUGAUCUGCAAGCAGCUUUGGAGGUGAGAAGCACGAAAGCGCAGAUUAUUGAACGUCUGCAGAAUCUGCAAACGCAACAGCAAAGAGGUCGACCUAGUAUUCUGACGAAGCACAAGAUCGACGAGCUUAUUCGCGUUGCAGAAGGAGUUCCGCAGCUUCGUGUAGAUGUGCUCGUGAAUCAAAAGCAGCAACAGCAAGUAGUUGACGUGGAAAUGACAGGCCUAAAUUACCACGGUGGCAGGAAUCUUGCCUUCACGUCUCGACUGCAGAAACCCAAGCCGUACGGCUUUUACGUGCUCUUGACGACCAAGACGCAGGGUGCUGGAGAGGAGCUUGUUCAUGUAAAGCACGUGGCUUGGAAACAAAAGGUGCAUGUAUCACUGCCGUUGGCAUCAGCAAGUUCACGCUACGAGCUGCACAUUCUUUCAGAUGCGAUUGCUGGUAUCGACAGCUCGUUCGUUGUUGAAACCUGA